GACGUUGCCCUGCUUUGCUGCUCUCGGGUGAGUCGUUUCUGCGGGGUGCGGCACGGGAGAGGUGCUGAGCGUGCCGGGGCAGCUCCCAGACGGGCUGUGCCUGGAGUCUGGAGUUAAAACUGGGUGAGGAAGACACAAAGAAGACUUUAUUGAGGCUCCAGGGAGGCUGCCCAUGAUGCAGGUCCAUCAGUCACUGAUCUGCCUCAACUAUGGCUGCUUGUACAUGGAACGUGCAGAACUGGCACCAGCUGCAGCUGUUCAGAGCUGCAGGGGAUGAUUAUAGGAUUCAUACCUGUGUCUAUUGCCUUGAAUCAUCUCUCAACCUGGUACGCCACCAAGUGUCCCCUGCAUUUUUUUCAUGACCUCAGCGCAAUUACAUUUGUGUCUUUCUUUACUUUAUGAGCACACAGGAGGAACUUUCUUUUCUAUCAUUCCUUCUAUUUGGAUGCUUUUUCCCUGUAUUUCCGACCCUUUUUUCCCAUUGCUUUUGCCCUGAGCCUGUGUUUCAGAACUCCUCACAUGAGACACCCAGCAAAGAGAUGUUAGCUGUAGGCAAAGAAGUCUGCUUUAGGAAUUGGGUUAAUAUUCCUUUCCUUUCUUUCAGAUUUGCCAUCAUGCACCUCUUGCCAUUCAAGUCCCUCUGUGUUUUCCUGCUUCCCCAAGUUUGGUUGGCAUCGGGCAUGCAGGAAAUCCAUGCUGACCAAGAAACGAUUGGCAAGAUCUCAGCUGCUGGCCAAUUGAUGUGGUGCUCAGCUUCUAUUGAUAUCCUUUUCCUCUUGGAUGGCUCCUACAGCAUUGGCAGGGGCAGCUUUGAAAGAUCGAAGCACUUUGCAAGCAAGCUCUGUGAUGUCCUGGACAUCCAUCCAGGCAGGGUCCGUGUAGGAAUGGUACAGUUUGGUUCAGCUCCCCACCUUGAGUUCUCACUGGAUUCCUACGUAACCAAACGAGAAGUGAAAGACAGGAUCAAGAGGACAGUGUUCAGGGGUGGCAGCACAGAAACUGGUCGGGCUCUGAAAUACGUUCUCCGUAAAGGAUUCCCUGGUGGCAGGAACUUGACUGUCCCCAAGAUCCUGAUCAUCAUUUCGGAUGGCAAGUCCCAGGGCAAUACCGCAAUGCCUGCCAUGCAGCUGAAGGACAGAGGGACCACAGUUUUUGCAGCGGGAAUCAAGUUUCCAAGGUGGGAGGAGCUGCAUGCUCUGGCCAGUGAGCCCACCGAGCAACACGUGCUCUUUGCUGGUGAUGCCAGUGAUGCAGCCAAUGGUCUGUACAGUGCCCUGAGCAGCUCCAUCUGCAGUGUCACCACGCCAGGCUGCAAAGUGGAAUCCUUCCCUUGUGAACGCAGAACUCUGGAGACUGAGAGGGAACUGGCUGGAAGCUACGUCUGCUGGAAAGGCUCAAAGCAGCAGAAUGUACUGCAUGCUUCGCUGUGUCCUUUUUACAGAUUGAAAAGAGUCUCAAUGAAACACCCAUCCAGAUGCUUUCGAACCAUAUGUACAGACCCUUGUGACUCCCAGCCAUGCCAGAAUGGGGGUACGUGUGUCCCAGAGGGACUGGACAAGUACCACUGCCUGUGCCCAGUGGGAUAUGGAGGAGGCAUACACUGUGCACCAAAGCUGAGCCUUGAGUGUGGUGUGGAUCUCCUUUUCCUGAUGGACAGCUCGGCAGGGGUCACGCUGGAGGGAUUCCUGCGCUACAAGGCGUUCCUCAAGAGGUUCCUUCAAGCAGUGAUGGGCCGGGACUCACCUGUAAACGUGGGGGUGGCCCAGUACGAUACCAACGUCAGGAUACCCAUUGAAGUAGGACAACACAAGGAUGUGUUUGGUCUCAUGAAGAGCAUUGAUGCUUUGAAUUUCAGUGGAGGAGGAACCCUGACGGGCAGAGCCCUGCGUUACAUUGCACAGCAUGGUUUUAGGAGCACCCCAGUCUUUGCAGACGUGCUGGAUGACCUCCCACGUGUGGUUGUCUUGCUCACUGACUCCAAGUCCCAAGACCCGGUGGCAGAAGCUGCCAAGUAUGCAAGGGACAGAGAUCUCUUGUUGAUUGGUGUAGGCAGCAGCUUUGUGAGGGCAGAGCUGGCUGAAGUGACUGGCAACCCAAAGCAGACCAUUAUCUACUCAGACCCCCAGGAUUUGUUCAACAGGAUCCCAGAGCUGCAGAGGAGAAUCUGCACUGUGAACAGUCCUGAAGGAGUUCCCCGAGGUGAUUCUCCAAGAUCCCCAGUCCUCCCUACAGGCUCCCACAUGCAGCAGAUUCCAAGCAGUUUUCAGCACUUCUCCAGAGCCCACCUGCAUCCGAAAAGGUCCUGAGAUGCUGACACAGAUGUGCAGAGCUCCAGUUCUCCUCCCGUGGGCACUUACUGCUGCUUACAGGCAUAACCCAGCAAUCCACUGCUACCUUUGGUUGAGUGACUGGGCCAUUCCCAGUUCCUGCACUGCACAAACUGGGCUUUCCAGUGCUCUCUUUCUUUUGGAAUCAAGUAAAUGUUUGAUAUUAAGUAUUUAUUUUUGGCA